AAGAAAAAGAAAAAGCCUUUACAAGACUCCUACUCUUAUUAUUACACAAGCUACAUACAACCAUGAGCGCUAUCAACGCCGUCAUUGCCGAUGUCAAGCAGUUCAAGGAAAUCAUUCCGCUGCUCGCCGUUGUCGGCACCGCUGUCACCUAUGGCGUCGGAUCAAUGAUCCACACCUCAAGGAAGACCGAUGUUGUCUUUGACCAUCGCAACAACCCCUUCCCGUGGCAGCAGGUCUCGUCAGCAACCCCUGCUCCCAAGGCGCACCAACGACGACCUUAGAUUUUUGAAGGAUGGGUCUCAGACUGCUCUUCCAAAUCCGCCUUUCGUAAUAUUGUACACCACGAAAAUGGGGUUGUUACUUUAUGUUUAAAGGAACAAAUCCUGUGUAUUGUUAGUUUUUCAUUGUAAAUACAAGCAUUCAAAUCUCAGAA